UGUUUUCAAGGGUCCAUUCAAAAGUAACGCUUCACCCCCAAUCCAGCAGGUGGUGGACACGAACAUUAUGGCAACUGCCAUAAAGCAUAGAAGAAACUGCAACCGGAAAGAAAACACACAUGCUCACAUGUUACACAGGCGAUUGAACUUAUGAAAGUUUUUGCAACACAUUUACGAAUUUGAAUUAAUAUAGAAACAGUCGGGGAAACGCGAAAGCCAAACAAUUAUUAUAGUGGUAUCAGAUACAUUAUAGAUAAGUUAUAUUUGGUUAUGUUUUGUUUGAAUCUCCGUCUACAGUAUCUUCAUUGACAGCUUCAUUAUUUUGUUUCACUUGUAUAUAAUGUAUAUGUUGACGUUUAGAGAGGUAAUUUUCUGCAGUAAAGACCAAUAAGAAAAUCUGCUGUCUCAAAAUGUCAUCCUCAAUGAUAGUCCCAGUUAUAGAUGUGCAGGGAAACAAUUUUAAGGAGUUAUGGGCAGCAAUGGUGUUAGCCAUUAAAACAUCUUCAUUCAUCGCCAUUGAUACGGAACUGAGUGGUCUUGGAUCAAGGAAAGCACUUCUGGCUGAAUCCAUUGAAGACAGAUACAAAGCCAUAUGCCAUGCAGCCCGCACACGAUCUAUACUUUCAUUGGGGUUUGCUUGCUAUAAAGAGCUUGACAACAAAGCUGACAGCACAUACAUGGUCCAGAUUUACAAUCUAACUUUGCUUUGCUCAGAGGAAUACAUCAUUGAACCUCAGUCAGUGCAGUUCCUUGUGCAACAUGGAUUUGACUUCAACAAACAAUAUGCUGAAGGCAUUUCUUAUUACAAGGGGAAUGAUAAAGGAGGUGAUGCCCAUGGGGUAAACAUGCGGUCCUUGUUUGUAGAACUGCUUAGGGCCAACAAGCCCUUGGUGGUCCAUAAUGGGCUGAUAGACAUGGUCUUCUUGUACCAGUGCUUCUAUGCCCAUUUACCUGAGCGACUGGGCACCUUCACUGCCGAUCUGUCCCAGAUGUUUCCUUCAGGCAUCUAUGACACUAAGUAUGCAACAGAGUAUGAGCUGCGGUUUACAGCCUCAUACCUGGAAUAUGCCUAUAAGAAGUGUAAGCUGCAAAAUAGCAGAGCCAUUGAAGGAGGUGGUAAUGGGAGUCAUGUGUUCCUGGAGUUUUGUAAAUAUACAGGCAACAUGCAGAGCUACAUUGACUUCAGGCCUUGCUUGGAGAGCCAGAAUCAAGAUGGUGCCCUCAACAUCUGUGUUCAGUUCUCUGCUUAUGGAUGGUGUCCUAAUGGCUCUUUGUGCACCAUGUCACAUGAUACAGACCUUAUAAUCCAGCAUGAUGAGAAGAUCAAAGAAGACAAGAGGAAGAAGCGGAAGCGCAAGAACAAAAAGAAAGAUUCUAAAGGGGCCUCUGAGGCAUGCAGUUCCCCAGAGGGCAAAAGGUUGUACUUUGAAGGGGCUGAACUGGACCAGGCAGUGCCCAUGUCUGAACCAGCCCUCCCUGAACAUCAGGAGAAGACGGAGAGCACAGAGCCAACAGAUGCCACGCAUGCGUUUGAACCUGGGAAAACAGCCAGCGAGAAUGGAAAUGAGAAAUCUCAGCCAGAAGCAUCCGCCGAAGCUCCCGAUAGACCAAAAGAGAAGAAAGUCGAAGGAGGAACUCACCGAGCAGGAUUUGACGCUUUCAUGACUGGGUAUAUUUUUGCUUAUGCCAGAAAUCUGACUAAAAACAAAGAAGAAUCCAGCACUGCUUCUCUCAUUCCCACAUGUCUCAAUAAGCUGUUCCUCAGUGGCAAGUCUGUUCCUCUAAAUGUAGCCAAAAGCACCUUCUCAAAGUCUUCAAAGGCUCACGUGCACAAGAUGGACUAUGUUUGGGGGAAAAACACUGCCGUAAAACCUGAAGGAAAUGCAUAGAAACCUUUGAUUUUAAGAUUUCAAUUUGUGUACAUUUUUGGACAAAUAAAAUCUAAGUUUUCCUAUGGUU